AUGGGCUUCCGAAAUGAGAUUGCAGGCAUUUGUGAGUCAAACCUUUUGGAUUUGCAACGGUUUGUGAGAACCCAAUUUCUCUCAAUUCCAAGAUCAUCAUGGACUGUGGCAUUGAAGGAUCUGAUCGCUUGCCAAGUCACACCUUGCUUGCACGUCACCACCUCUGGGUGGUCUGGGCCUGUUGUGGCUCAGGCCAGAGAAAUUGCUGAAAAAUUGUCCAAUCAGAAGAUGGACACCCUCGACAGUCUCAACUUGAAGUUGGGGUGUGCCGUGGCCGCAGGUUGCCUAGACAAGCACCCCCUUAUUCAGGGGGUGCUUGUUGCUGCCGUUGAAAAAGCCCGAAGGUUGGAGAAAAAUGUCCAAAGCAUGAAAGGACUCCAAGUGUCCAGUUUGGAGCUUGCCAAGAUGUCAGAUGCCGGCAUCACUCUGUCAUUAGCUGCUGGGAACAAACGGUUGUUGGACCUGUUCCACCUGGCGUGGACCUGUCCGCAGCUCCCAUUGAGCAAUUUGCAUGCCCGCAACUUGCCAGAAGCUUUCAUGGCAUUCGCCUAUGGCGACGUGUUGCGCACCAAUGCUACCAUCAUCUCUGGCCUACUUGAGCCGAAGAAGAAGGAGGGCGAGGACACUGCAUGUGCCAAGAUGCGUCGCAGCCGGCGACGUCUCACUUUGGCAUUUGAUCGCACGUACCUGCUCCAAGCCAUUGAUGUGGUACAGUUACGCUGUGGCAAAGGGUACAUUGGCACAUCAUUCGACAUGAGCAGCCUGAACAACUCUGCAAACUCAGGUGAUCAGAAAACAGGCCGUACAGGCCACUUCUUGCCCUUGCGCUCCCCAUCUGAUGUCACCGAGACAGAAAAGUGGAGUGGGUGGGAUUGCCCAUCCUCUGAGGGCCCAUCCUGUGUGGAUCUUGUCGCUAUGGAGCAGACAGAUCAGAAAGAUCAGAAAGAUCAGAAAGAUCAGAAAGAUCACAAUGAUCAGAAAGAUGAGGAUUCGUGGGACGCAACGACCCUGGAUUAUGCCCACGAGAUGCUCGAAUGUGUGGCGUGGGACCCACAGUUCGCGAAGCUUCCCCGGUUCAGCACAUGUUGCGUGCCUGUAUCAUAUGAGAUGAGCAAACUCGAUAUGACCAUUCUGAUGGGCAAGAUCCUGCAGCAGUGCGGGUCAGAAGUCCGUUGCCUUACCUUCGACAACGCCACGUCCCAUGGCCUUAUCAAGGCCUUUGUCAUGGGCAGGUUUGCCCUCAACGGGCCGGCGCAUGUUCAGAAGAAUUUCUGCUCCCAACUCAGAAGCCCAAUCCGGACUAUAACGUUCGGACGCUAUUUCGUUGACUAUGGAGCCACGCUCGACACAGCCAUGCCGCCGGGACCCUUUGUGGGGUACGACAGCAUGUCGGACAAGGAAGCUGCAACCUUCCUCAACAGCUACUUCCUGAAUGCAAACAUGCAAGACCUUGAUGCGGUGCAGAUUCCGUGGUCCCUGGUGGGGCUGUUGCUGUUGAACUUCGUCGAAGCGCUGGCUGUGGGUGCUGCAUUUCAUCCGUCUCUUCAGCCCAUUCAGAGGCUGGAGAACGCUUUGACGGCAUAUGCAUUGCUUGAUUUGGGGCGCAUGUUGGCGUCCGAGACUGCGGCGCAAGAGGGCUGCUCAGUAUCAUCACGUUGGCUCUCACCUCAAACCAAUCAGCAUUUACAAGAGCUUUGUGGCCUGGUAGCCAUAGCUGUCAUGGGCCUUCCUGGUGAUGCAGAAUUCUUGCCCCAUCGCAGCUCGGAGUUACCACUGGAAGCGUUCUUCGGCAGUUUACGUGCCCAAUUCAACUCAUCACAGAUGUCGGCCAGAGACUAUUGCUUCGCUUCUUCCAAAGCAAUGUUCCAGACAAUGAAGAGGAUCACCAGUGAUCAUGGCUGCACCUUCCACACCGACCAGAUCCUUGACGAUGCCUACUUGAAGCCAGUCUCAGACGCAGAAUUCGAGGCCUGUGCCGCUUGUUCCCUGGGUGCUGCUGUGAAGCUGAUGGCAUGCUGUUCUCAGUAUAGCAGAUCAGAGCUGCUGGACAAGUACGUGGCCCAGUGCGCCAAAGAGCCUGACGAGAUGGCUGAAAUGAUGCUUGACAUGCAUUCUGUGGAGGUUGAGGAUGAUCCAGUGGAUGUUUCAGACCUGUCAGAAUUUGAGGAGUUUGUCGUCACUGAGCCCACCGGUGAGCCUAAGAUAUCUGAUAUGUCUGGGGCAGAUCUGAAGUGUUACCAGCUUCUGAAUCAGAUCAAAGCCCGUCAAGCGGCCAACCGCGUCACAUUCGAAGGCAUUCGUGAAGAUGGCACCUGUAUGGAAGAGCUUCCAGAGAGGCAAGCCCAGCGUCUGGGUUGUGGGCGCAAGCUGCCACCCCCAGAGCUAGACAAAUCUACAUGGGAUGAGGUCCUCGAUGUGGAUGAUGUGGAUGACGAUCAGACAUGCGCAAGAUCCACCAGGAUGAAGAAACUGGUGACCUUAUCGCAGGUCUUUGCCGAGGUUCGACUGGGUGAUGGGGUGGAGUUGACCAAGAUCGAACCAGUGCUGGGGCCCUUGUGGCAGUGUCUUACCAACAUCAGAACAAAGGCAGAUCAUCACGCCUUGCCAAGACCAUACAGAUUCCGAACAACAAAAAAACCACUGAAUUGGUACGCUUCUGCCCAGCGACUGGCGGCCCAAGUGAGAGCCAUCUGUGGCCUCCCAGCCAAGAGGUGUUCCAGAGCCUAUGCAUGGAGAAACCUUGCGGCAUCCUUCAAAAAAAGACAUGGCCUUGAAGAUGCCGCUGCUGAGGUUUGUGCUGGCACGCCAGUCCUCUAUUGCCCUCCAAAAGACCGUGCUUGGCGAGUAGGUGUCAUUCUGACCUGCUGGAGGUACACAGCAAAGAAGGGGGUUCGCUCUGGCGCCAAGCCUUGUACCAUGGCUAUCCCCAGGGAUGUGUGCAGGUACUGCCGGAUUUGCCAGAUGCAGCCUGAUGAGAAUGAUGAUUCUACUUGGAGAUGCCGGGCUUCAAGUUCUACCAGGGUCUGCGACAUCAACCGGGUGGCGCUGUUUCUCUCUGCUGAGGCGCAUCCAAGCAUUGACGGUCUCAAGCUGGUUUUGUCCUCCAAGUCCUUGGAGGCCGUCCGCCAUGCUCAUCUCUGGGACGAAUGGCCAGCGCACUUGCGGGACUUGGAUGAUUUCAAGUCAGCAAGACAAGGACCAGUGGCCGACUUGGCUUUUGCUGCCAAACAACAAUGCAAACCUGUGCGAAAGAGGCGGCAAAGAAGGAAGCAAAAAGCACGGAAAGCACCGAAAGUCAUUACGCCUGCAAAAGGCGUGGAGAUCAUCGACGAUGACAACGAGUCAGCUGAUGAUGCCCAUAACAGUGUGCAUCUUGCUGAUUCUGACAUGUCUGAUGCAGAAGCCACUGGAGCAAAUGACCAGUCCAAAGCGUCCCAGGCAGAUCAGGUGGAGACAGUGCACCCAGUAGAGAAGGGCAAAAAGACACUCAAAAGCUUGCAGAAGAAGACCAAAGAAGCAGUUGACAUGCAGGAGAAACCAGAGAAGAGCAAGGAGAUUUUGGUGCCUUGGUGGGCUAUUGUGUAG